AUGUCUUCUGUUGGAUCAAGUAGGUUGGACUCUGGUGCUGAAAGCUCAACUGUUAUGUCAACGGGUUCUUCUAUGAUUGAUUCAACUACAUACAAGGAGGAACUGUCUUCUUUGUCUGAUAUUCAAUCAGCAAGUGAACUUACUUCAUUUUCUUCUUCUACCAUAAGUGAAACUGGAAGUGAAAUAACUAUUGUAUCGUCAUCAAUUCAAGGAUCAUCUAAUGUUGAAAGUGUGUCUGAGGAUACUGAGCAAUCUAUUGUUACUGUUUCUUUUACUAGUCUUGAAUCUGAAUCAUCUGUUCUUCAAAUAUAUUCUAGUGAGUCUGUAAGUGAUGCUGGGUCUAUUUCUGUAUCUGCUUCCUUGCUGCAAGUUACUUCAUCCGUUAUUGAGUCUUCCUUGUCCAUUACAUCAUCUACUGACACACCAUUACCUGAUACUGUUUCUGUAUCUGUAUCUAACGUUCAAUCUGCUCCCGGCACUGAAGCUUCGGGUAGUUUAACUGAGACUGGACUUGAAGAAUCCAUUUCUGAACCAGUACCAUCUGAUAUUGAAAAUCAAUCUUCUAGUUCAACAUCAGGUACAACUUCUGUUUCUACAAGUUCUCAACCAGAAGGAUUCACCACUACUGUCACCUCCCAAACCACUGAAACUACUGUUGUUCCAAACCCAUCAACUGAAGGUGGUAACGUUCCAACUGAAUCUGAAGGUGCUCCGCAAGAAUCAAUUGAAGGUGUUCCACAAGAAUCAACUGAAGGUGUUCCACAAGAAUCAACUGAAGGUGGUAACGUUCCAACUGAAUCCGAAGGUGCUCCACAAGAAUCAACUGAAGGUGGUAACGUUCCAACUGAAUCCGAAGGUGCUCCGCAAGAAUCAACUGAAGGUGGUAACGUUCCAACUGAAUCCGAAGGUGCUCCACAACAACAAUCAUCGUCCGAUAGUGACGAUACCACUUCUCAACCAGAAGGAUUCACCACUACUGUUACCUCCCAAACCACCGAAACUACUGUUGUUCCAAACCCAUCAACUGAAGGUGCUCCACAAGAAUCAACUGAAGGUGCUCCACAAGAAUCAACUGAAGGCGGUAACGUUCCAACUGAAUCCGAAGGUGCUCCACAAGAAUCAACUGAAGGUGUUCCACAAGAAUCAACUGAAGGUGUUCCACAAGAAUCAACUGAAGGUGGUAACGUUCCAACUGAAUCCGAAGGUGCUCCACAACAACAAUCAUCGUCCGAUAGUGACGAUACCACUUCUCAACCAGAAGGAUUCACCACUACUGUUGCCUCCCAAACCACCGAAACAACUGUUGUUCCAAACCCAUCAACUGAAGGCGGUGAAACGCCAGUUGAAUCUCAAGAUGUUCCAGGUGAAGGUAAUGUUGAUUCCUCUGUUUCCACUGCAUCAUCUGGUGGUGAUAACAAUGCUGGUUCCACUUCAGGUCCACAACCAACAGCUGAUUCUUCUUCUGGUACAGGAUCUCCAAGUGACAUCGCUUCUGAACAGGUUCCACAAACCGAUGGCUUACCAAACACUGCCGCUUCUACUGUUCAACCAUCUGGUUCUGGAUCCGGUGCUGGUUCUAAUGUUGACACAUCCCAUUCUGAGGAUGCUGUUGCUUCGAUUGCUACAGAUGGUAACGACCACCCAGAUACUACUACUACUACUGCUACUAAUACUAAUACUGCUGAGGAAUCUGCAUCCAGCCCUGGUGUUGAAGGAGCUCCAACCACAAGUGAUUCUACUACUGAAGGAACCGUGGGCACCAGUCGAGUCACACCAUCUACUUUGGUUACUAGUACUGAAAGUAGUUUUGUUACCCCACAAGGUUCUACAUCCGUUCCACAAGCAUCGGCAUCUGGGUACAACUCGGUUACUGUCUCUACCUAUGAAGGCUCUUCAUCGUUCGCUCAAGUUUCUUCAUGGAUGGUCGCUAUUUUCACAGUAUUAUCCAUCAUGUUUUAG